CAAGCAACCAUGAUUCUUUCUUGUAUGUUGCGCUGAUGACCAAGAGAGUGCCAGAUUGUUGAGUUGCUUCAGUGCUGGGGUCAGUAUGGGGACGGCGACCGAAGAACUGGUGGUGGCAGAGGAUGAUUCGUCAUUGAACCCCCUUUGCUUUGAAUGUGGUCAGCAGCACUGGACAAGGGAGAACCACCUGUAUAAUUACCUGAAUGAAGUGGACGAUGACCUGGUUUGCCACAUUUGCCUUCAACCUUUGCUGCAGCCGUUGGAUACACCCUGCGGCCACACUUUCUGCUUCAAGUGCCUCAGAAACUUUCUACAGGAGAAGGACUUCUGUCCACUGGACCGAAAGAGGCUGCACUUUAAACUGUGCAGGAAAUCCAGCAUCCUUGUGCACAAAUUGCUGGACAAGCUGGUCGUCUCCUGCCCUUUUUCCAAUGCAUGCAAGGAUACCAUGCAGCGCUGUGAUGUAGAGGCUCAUCUCAAAAACAGGUGUCCAGGAGCUUCACACCGGAGACAAGUGUUAGAUCAGAGAAGGGCAAACAAGCUGCAAAUAGACAUUGAAGCAGAAAAUAUGCCAGCUGUGAUUGAUCAUCCAACAACCGUGUCUCCAGAUGUGGACAAGGCUGGAACCGCACUACUGGAGAGGAACUCAACUCCAACUGUGCUUCCUGUAUGGUCAGAUGAACAAGGGUUUGAUAAUCCUGCCUUCGAGGAAAGCACCAUGUCUGAGACUAUGCACCCACCAGCAAGCCUGCCAGAGGGAGAGAUUACUACCAUUGAGAUUCACCGCUCCAACCCUUACAUCGAGCUGGGAAUCAGCAUCGUUGGGGGGAACGAGACUCCUUUAAUAAACAUUGUCAUCCAGGAAAUAUAUCGGGACGGAAUCAUUGCCAGAGAUGGAAGGUUGUUGGCUGGUGACCAAAUCCUUCAAGUGAAUAAUUUUGAUAUUAGUAAUGUAUCACACAACUAUGCCAGGGUGGUCUUGUCUCAGCCGUGCACUGUGCUGCAUCUCACUGUGCUGCGGGAAAGGCGAUUUGGAAGCAGACUCGUCAGCCACUUGGACAACAGCUUACAAAGGGAAGAAAGCUUCCAUGUCACUCUGAAUAAAAGAGGAACCAAUGAGCAGCUUGGCAUCAAGCUUGUCCGCAGAACUGACGAGUCUGGAGUUUUUAUUCUGGAUCUCCUGGAAGGUGGACUCGCUGCACAGGACGGGAGACUUCACAGCAAUGACCGCGUUCUGGCAAUCAAUGGGCUUGACCUAAAACAUGGCACCCCAGAACUUGCUGCUCAGAUUAUUCAGGGUAGUGGGGAACGAGUCCAUCUGACAGUAUCGCGUCCCGCAAAGCAUCCUUCUCCUAAUUUGUCCCGUGAAAUAAGCAACGGACAACCUCACCACCAUAUGCAGCCCGUCUACCAUCACAGGCCCUCUGCACACAGGGAUCUUGCCCAGUGUGUUACCUGCCAUGAAAAACACAUUACUGUAAAGAAAGCCCCAAUGGAGUCAUUAGGCAUGACCGUAGCGGGGGGCCGAGGGAGUAAAAGCGGGGAGCUGCCAAUCUUUGUGACCAGCGUGCAGCCUCAUGGAUGUCUGGCACGAGACAGCAGAAUCAAACGAGGUGAUGUUCUACUGAGUAUAAAUGGCAUUGAUCUCACCAAUCUGAGCCAUAGCGAAGCAGUGGCCAUGUUGAAAGCCAGCGCUGCCUCCGCAGUUAUCACACUGAAAGCCCUGGAGGUGGAAGUUCUUGAAGAGCAGGCACAAGUAAAUGAAGAAAUGAGCACAAUCAGCGAGAAUGAGUAUGAUGCCAGCUGGUCUCCAUCAUGGGUCAUGUGGUUGGGUCUUCCCAGCUGUCUCCAUCGCUGCCAUGAUGUUGUGCUGCGGAGGAGCAAUAUGGGGAGUUGGGGCUUCAGCAUAGUUGGUGGUUACGAGGAAAAUCACACAAACCAGCCUUUCUUUAUUAAAACUAUCGUGCUUGGGACGCCAGCGUAUUAUGAUGGACGACUAAAAUGUGGAGAUAUGAUUAUUGCUGUAAAUGGUUUAUCCACGGUGGGAAUGAGUCAUUCUGCUCUUGUCCCGAUGCUGAAGGAACAACGAAGCAAAGUCACCCUUAGUGUGAUCUCUUGGCCUGGAAGUCUUGUGUAAACCCCUCUACGGGGGAACAUUGCCUUCAAAUAUCUCCUGUGCUCCAGAGCUGAUGAACAGCUGGGC